AUGGCUGCAGGCCGUGCCUCAAUUGCCGAGGGCCAGGGCCCCGGCCAAGAUGUUCCUCGCUUUGGGGUCACUGGGACCGUUUCGCCGCCAUCCCCUGAGAGGUUUCUUCAGUCACCUGAAAUAACUGAAGCUGUCAUUCAAUGUUGCCUCGACGCCUACUUUGAACAUAAAUAUCCGCUCACGCCUAUCCUCGACCGCCAACAACUCAAACAAACUCCGACUUCGGCCGAGCAGUAUGGUCUGAUUACGGUCUGUUGUGCCGUUGUUGCACUAUCACCAGAAAUACUGCCCCCAGACAAGGAUGAUUUCACGAUCCCGUCUGCUGACUUCCUGAUUUCCGAAACCCUGCGUGCCAGAGAGUACUGCGAUCUUGUCGGGCAGCCAUCCUUGACUCAUAUCCAAACCUCAUUCUUCCUAUAUGCUGCUUUCUUCGCGAUGGAUAAGGACAACUUGGCCUGGCAUCACCUGCAAGAAGCUAUAACCAUGCUUCAAGCAUUGCGCUUGCAUGAGGAAGCAACUUACAACAACGCCGACGAUCCACGCUUCAUCUCGUACGCUCAACGCAUGUUCUGGGUACUGUUCAUCACUGAGAGAGCGUAUGCACUGCAAAGGGACCGGCCAACCAGAUUACAGGACGUGCUGAAACUACCCGUCGUUGACCCAACGCCCUCAGACGCUGGGAUUUUGCCAGGCUUCCUCGAUCUCAUCUCACUUUUUCGCCCCUUUGACUCAGUUUUCAUUGCGCACUGCAACUCUCCGACCUCAUCAACCACAACAGACUCGGCACGUCUGUCAAACCUACAGUGCCUCCUCCAGUACUCACUACCUGAUCUGUCGAAUCUUUCCCAGGUUCAGCAAGCAGACCUUCUCAUAUCGCGUCAGUGGCUCAAGAUGGUGGUAUGGAAACUCUGCGCGUCAAAAAGAGUGCUCAAAGCCGCUGGUAGCGAAGAUGCCAUGUCGCUAUAUUACCCAGCCAGCAUCGCGCGUGACAUUGUACUCGUGUCUCAUCUUGUACCAACUCAGGCUUUUGAAGCUAACGGCAUUGGAAUCUUAGAGAAGGUAUUCGACGUCGGUUGUUCUCUUGCAGAUCUUUUGUCAUUGCAGCCGCUAGGAAGCCAGGCAUCAACUAUGGAUGUUGGCGGUAUUGACACGUUAAUGGAAAUGGUGAGGAUCGUGGGGACGAGGUUCGGGGGGAAUUAUCGACAUCUCAAUAUGCUAGUAGACAAGGCCAGCCGAUGUUUAUUUAUGAAUGUAGAUCGAAGUCUACCUCUGCCGGUCGAUGAGUGUUAA